AUGGAUGUGCUAAAGGACACCGUCGAGUCCAUCAUCCUCAACCCCGACCUUGCUCCCCUACUAGCAAUCCUCAAAGCCGCCCGCAAUGGCGCCGUCUACGGUGCCAAAGUACGAUUUCCUCAUGCCCUGGUGAUGGUCUUCAUGUUCCGGUCGGGGUCGAUCCGCGAAAAGAUACGCCUUGUUUUGAAAGCGACCAGACAACAUGCGCGGAACCUCGCAUUCUUUGCGACAGUGUACAAGUCUUCGAUGUUAAUAUUGAGGCUAUUGAAUCCCAGACACCCCGGGAAGGAGGGGCCGUACGACACCUUUUUCGCCGGCCUGUUGGGCGGGUAUGUUGUCUUUGGACGAGGGAAGCACGGCGGUAUCGAGCAGCAAAUCGUCAUCUACGUCUUUGCCCGAGUAAUGCUCGCGCUGGCGAGGCUCAGCAUUGAACCGCCGAGCGCCACGAGAUCGACGCCAACUCCGACGUUAUGGACCCAAAGGUUAUCGCCCGAGGUCAAGGCAAAAAUCGAGAACAAUGCGUGGCCCGUUUUUGCUAGUUUGAGCUGGGCGUUUGUCAUGUACAUCUUCCGAUGGCAACCCGAGAGCAUCCAGCCCAGUCUGAGGAGCAGCAUGAAAUACAUAUACGUCGACUCCGACUACUGGGACAGUUUCCGAAACUUUCUAAUUCACAACAUCUAG